GUCAUAAUGGAAAACCAACACGACGAGCCAGAACAGCCCGUAGAUGAAGGCUAUAGGCCAUUGAACGUACGCGAUGCACUGAGUUACCUAGACCAGGUCAAGCUGCGCUUCCAAGAUAGUCCAGAAGUCUACAAUCACUUUUUAGACACGAUGAAGGACUUCAAAAGCCAGUCAAUUGAUACCCCAGGUGUUAUUGACAGGGUAUCCUCCCUUUUCCGUGGUCAUCCCGCCCUUAUUCAAGGUUUCAACACUUUCCUCCCACCUGGCUACAGGAUAGAAUGCAGCGACUUAUCCGGUACAAAUCCAACCGGUGGUACUAUCACCGUUACUACUCCUAUGGGUGUUACCACCUUACAAGCCUCUGCAAGUUUCCUCCCUGCAUGGCAAGCCCAACAUCAACCACAGCUCAGCCAGCAAGAAACACUCCCGCCGCCUAGUCCAACGACACAGUAUGUACAAGCACAACAAUCAGGCGCUAAUACUCCAACUGCCGCCUCCACACUCGCCAAUCAAAAACCACCGGUUGAAUUCAAUCACGCUAUCAGCUAUGUUAAUAAAAUAAAGAACAGGUUCAAUCAAGAUCCAGAAACUUACAAAAUGUUCUUGGAAGUUUUACAGACUUACCAAAAAGAGCAGCGCACUAUACACGAAGUUUAUGCUCAAGUCAACCACCUAUUUCAUGGUGCUCCCGAUUUAUUAGAUGAAUUCAAACAAUUUCUGCCUGACACUACCGGUAAUGCUCCCCAAUCUGGCGGUCUCUUUCAAAUGGUCGGUCAGAUGGCUCCGCAAACUGCUCCUAGUUCGGUUGAUCUCACGCAGAGUUCAAGUCGCGGGAUCGGCAGAAAAGGUACUCCAAAGAUUGAUGACAAGGUUAAAAAGAAGAGAGCACCAACUAGUGAGACCUCACAGAAACAGCAAUCAAAGACAAAGAAGCCAAAAUAUGUUCACAGAGAACCUUCUCCUCAAUCUCAAAUGUCCCACUCUAUGCCUCUGCAACAACCAUCGUAUUCGACUGCAAGAAUGGAAGAACCACAGCCAUAUCUCUAUGAAUCACCUUCUAUGAGAUCAGCUACGAUUGUACCACCAUCCAUCCCAAUUGAUAAGACUCUCGCAACUAUCGAAGAAAUGGCUUUCUUUGAUAGAGUCAAAAAAUUCAUCGACGACAAGACAACUUACCACGAGUUCUUGAAACUUUUAAACCUUUUUACACAAGAUAUUAUCGAUGCUCGUACACUCAUCGAUCGCUCACAAUUAUUCAUUGGUGAGAGCAAGGAAUUGUGGGACUUUUUCAAGGCGAUGGUCGGCAUCGUACCGGGUCCUGGUUCAGGUGGACCUGGUGGUACUUUCCAAAUUGAAAACAUCCCUGCUAUCGAGCGUCCAAAAAUUGAGUUAGAAGAGUGCAAAAAGUAUGGUGCAAGCUAUCGUAAAUUACCACAAUCGGAAGUCAGCCUUAGUUGCUCUGGUCGUGAUGCUAUGUGCUGGGAAGUCCUAAAUGACGAAUGGGUCAGUCACCCAACAUGGGCCUCUGAAGACUCCGGUUUCGUUGCACACCGUAAGAACCAUUUCGAGGAGGCACUUCACAAAUCUGAGGAAGAGCGUCAUGAAUAUGACUAUCACAUUGAGGCUAACCUUCGUACGAUCACCCUUCUUGAGCCUAUCGCCGCUAGAAUUGCAGCCAUGGAUAGCGAAGAACGUGCCUCAUUCAGAUUGAAGCCUGGUUUGGGUGGUCAGUCUAAGUCUAUCUACCAGCGUAUCAUCAAGAAGGUCUAUGGUCAGGAGCAUGGUCUUGAAAUUAUCAAUGCCCUGCAUGAAAAUCCAUCAGUUGCUGUUCCAGUUGUAUUAAACAGACUAAAAGCCAAAGACGAAGAAUGGAAGAGAGCUCAAAGAGAGUGGAACAAAGUCUGGAGAGAGCUAGACGCACGUAAUUAUUAUAAGUCAUUAGACCAUCAAGGUAUUGUCUGGAAGCAAAACGAGAAAAAGAACUUGACUUCCAAACAAUUGAUCCUCGAGAUUGAAACUCUCCGUAAAGAGCAAAUCCAGAAGCGUAAAUCAACAUUGUUCCCAAUGAGCUCGUCCACAGGUCCUAUCAGAUCAAGAUAUCAAAUGGGUUUCAUCAUUGAAGAUCAAGGUGUACUUUUUGAUGCCGUCAAACUUAUACUCGCAUUUGUUGAUAGACCGGUCCCGCCAUCAUCUAGCAAUGGCAACAGCAUUUCAGCAUCUUAUUACAACUCAAACAACCAAUCUGUGUAUUCAGCAGCAGAAAAGGACAGAUUUGAGACUGUUUUGAGAGAUCUCAUUCAAUCAUUCUUUAGAAUUGAUGAAGAAAAGUUCAACCAGUAUAUUAGUCCGGCUGGAGGUAGAACCAACACCAGCAAAGAUGGUGAUGAAGAGAUGCAACUAAACGGUGUGCAGGAACGCGCAGAUAGUCCAGCCACCAGAGAUGCAGACAAGCCAUGGACUAACAUCACUGCCGAACAAGCUUCAGUUGUGCAUACUCAAGUUACCAAUGACGCCACACCAAAGCGCAAACACCUUAACUUCUUCUGUAAUUCUACCUACUACAUUGCCUUCAGGUUGUUGUAUAUACUUUAUAAUCGACUGUAUUCGUUCAAAUUAACGGCUCAAAAGCUCACUACGACUAAUUACAAACCGAUGAACCCAUUAGCAAAAGAUUUAGGAUUGAAUGAUACAUCAGUACCACAAGCUGUCGGUAUAUCAUUACUCGAAAAUACUUCAGUGAACGGUCAAGAAACGCCAGCAAGUGCGCAUUAUUAUGACUACUUGCUUGAACUUUGCGAGAGAUUGUUCGAAGGCGAAAUAGAUCAAAACUUAUUUGAGGAGAGUUUGAGAUGGAUGUUUGGCACAAGUGCAUACCCAAUGUUUACAGUCGAUAAGUUGAUAUCACAAAUACUGAAGCAAUUGGGCAGCAUAGCAGUCGACACGAAAUGUCAAGAACUACUUAAUGUAUUACAGAUUGAAAGGAAGGAACCAUCUAGUUCGAACUCGCGUCAAUUCAUCUACCGUAAUAAAGCUCAACGGAUUAUAGGAACAGAUGAGCCACUUUAUCGAAUUGAAUGGAUUGCAUCUACGAAAGAAUUGAGAAUGCAACUAUUAGCGAGGGAAGAUUUGACUAUUGAUAUUGAUGAACGCAAGCAAACUAAAGAUCAAAGGUGGACUUACUACAUCCAAUCUUACUUACUUCAGACACCAACUGAAGGUCUAUUGACAGAUUUGACAUCACCAUUCUUAUAUCGCAAUAUUCCAACAUCUAAUACUCAAAUAAAUGAAGAAGAAGAGAGUAAUCAUGAAGAACCUGAAGAGAUACUUGAUAAAUCUGAAUAUUCUAAUGGUUUAGAAAUGCGUAUUUGCAUGAGAACAUAUAGAAUGUUCUUCGUACCAAAAACAGAAGAUAGUUUCGUAAUCAGAAAGUUUGGUAAUAAUGUGCAAGGACCAGGAAUGAGAUUUGCUAAUGGAAGGAAAUAUAAUCAUAAUUUGAAGACGACAAAUGAGAAUAGAUUAAAAAGACUCAAUCAUUGGCUUCAUAAAUCAGGUCAUGGAGUCGAUCAAGAAGACGAAAAGAUGACAACGAAUGAUGCAAAUGCAGAACAGCAACAAAAUGAAGUUAUGAAUGCAGAAGUAAGUCAGCCGAACAAUGACAUUCAAAUGAAUGAGUAAUUUUUCCUCUUUUUUUCUUUUUCCGAACUUUGUACAAAUUAUUUUAUUUAUAAUACG